AAAUACUCGCCUGCGGUGAUUGGAAAUGGCGAGGUAGGAUUUUCGUUUACGGAAGUGACGUUAGUCGCUGUGGGCUAAGACCCGGAACCGGCGGCGUAGGAGUCGGUGACGAGUGCCGCUGCGGAUUCCGCUUCGCCCCGGGCCUCCGUCAGCUAUGAGCUGCACCAUCGAGAAGAUCCUGACCGAUGCGAAGACGCUGCUGGAGCGGCUGCGAGAGCACGACGCCGCCGCGGAGUCUUUGGUGGAUCAGUCAACUGCCCUGCACCGGCGGGUGGCUGCGAUGAGGGAGGCGGGCGCUGUUCUGCCCGACCAGGUCAGGCGGGGCCGUGCGGGGCGCCCUAGGCCCGGGGGCGAGUAUCAAGAGGAUGCCGUGGACCUGAAGGACGUGUCCAAAUACAAACCGCACAUCCUACUGUCUCAAGAGAACACGCAGAUUAGAGACUUGCAGCAGGAGAACCGAGAGUUAUGGAUUUCCUUGGAGGAACACCAGGAUGCUUUGGAACUCAUCAUGAGCAAGUACAGGAAACAAAUGCUACAAUUAAUGAUUGCUAAAAAAGCAGAGGAUGCUGAACCAGUCUUGAAAGCUCACCAAUCACACUCUUUAGAAAUUGAAAGUCAGAUUGAUAGAAUCUGUGAAAUGGGAGAAGUGAUGAGGAAAGCUGUUCAGGUGGAUGAUGACCAGUUUUGUAAGAUUCGGGAAAAAUUAGCACAACUAGAGGUAAGAAUAUUAUUUUUGUUAUUGGAAAAGUAUGUCAUCUUUCAGACAUAUCACCUUAGUGAUAAUCUCUCUGGAGAUGACUUUCAAAUCUAUAUAUCCAACCCUGAACUCUUAUCUGAACUCUAACCCUAUAUUACUAACUUCCUGUUGGAUGUCUCCACCUGGUUGUCCUUUGGGCAUCUCAAAUUUAACAUGUCUAACUCUUUUCCCAAAAAAUCCAUUCCUCCACCAAACUACCUGGUUUCUGAUGAGGUUACUACUAUCCUUUCUGUUAUUUAUCAUGUUCUUAAUUUUGGAGAAAAUGACUUGACUUCUCUGAAGAAAUCCAGUUGUUUGUCAAGUCUUGUUGAUUCUCCUUGCCUCUUUUUACCAUCUCUUCCCUAUUAUUAAUUGAGGAUUCGUGAUAGCCAAACAUUGUAAUAUCUCUUGCAUCUAUCCCCAUUUUUCCCUCUCAUAUACUAUUAUAAUAACUUCCUAAUUAAUAACUCUAACUCCAGGCUAUGUUCUUACUAAUCAGUCUCCACAUAGGCCUUACUCAAAAAUCUGUAAUGGCUCCCUAUUUCCUCCUACACAUGCUCUUCUUUUUGGCAUUUAAAGAAUUUUAUAGCUAGCAUUCACUACUUUUCCAAUUUUAUUUCACACUCUGUUACCAUCAGGCUAGCCUUCUAGCUGUUCCUUGUAUUCCAACUCCUGCAAAUGAUCCCCUCUCAUCUGGAAUAUAUUCCUUCUUCAUCUUGAUCUCAAUCCCUAUCUUCUAUCAAAGCUCAAAUUGUUACCUUCAUGAGUAAUUUCCUAAUCACAUUUGUAAUUGGCACUCUCUCUUGAAAAUGCUUUGUAUUUUCAAUUACAAAUUUUGAAUCUCUAAUGGAAUGUAAAUUCCUUGAGGGCAAGGAUUGUUUCAUUUUUAUCUUUGUAUCAGCAGUACUUUCCAUAUAGUAGGCAUUUAAAAUGAAUGAAAUUGAAUUAUUUUCAGAUUAAAACAUUCCCCUUACUCCUUACCUAUAGAGGUAAGACUUAGAGAGUUACUUUAAGUUUUUCUCUGAGAUCUCAUUAUAUUCAUUCAAGAAGUAUUUUUUUUAUAUAUUCUAUAGACUAUUCAGUGUUGGACCAUGGAAAGUAUUCAGUAAAUCUUUGACUGAUUACAAAGCUAGAAGAGUGUUAAAAAAUAUAUUCUUGUUUUUGAGGAAUCAAUCAUUUUAGUUGGGAAAGCUAAUACAUUGGCACUUGUGAAUUUUAAAACUACUCCACCCUACUCAGGCUGUUAGAAGAUCUGAUUUAGCUAUUUCCUGAUUAGUAACAAUGGAGAUACUUGGUUUAACAGAAUCAAGUCUUGGGAACUAUACAUUUCUCCACCCUACUCAGUUUAACAAAGUCAGGAUGCCUGCACCAUACUCAAAGAUUUAAUUAUCUGAGGAAAUGGUCUUCAACAGACACGUGCAGAAAAAGUGGACAGACUCCUGGGCUGUCCUAAGUCAAGCUAAGCUAUCAUUGGUACAGAUGAGAUGCAGGAAAGUGAUGUAAAACUGUCUAUAUAAGUCACUUGCUCUCUCUCUUUCUUUCCCUGGAGAAGUGACUCUGGCUUGCAUCGUGCUAAGCAUUCCGACAUCUUGGUGUGGUGGCAGCUAUUGUCUGGGUUUGGUGGUGAGUUUGCCCUUGAGCUGAUUCAGGUUCAGGCAUUUUGGCUGAGCCCUUUGGAGUUCUGGUUGAUUCUUUCCUCCUUACUCUUCAAAACACCUUAUCUUCCUAGAGCCUCUGGUCUUCCUCCUGGCACUAGCCAGGCGGGAGAAAAUCCUACACCUUUUUCCUUCUUCCUUCUUCUUAAUUUCUUUCCACUAUAUCAAUUAAAUCACCAUAAAUUUUCCAGCUGACUUGGUUAUAUUUUUUUAAUAUUUGGGAUAUCCAUGGCAACCAAAUAAUUAACAUAAUUAACAACACUAAAAUUAUCCUUACACACUUCAGGAUAAUAUUUGUCAUGGAGUAGAAUAUAGUAUAAGCUAGUUCCCUUUUUUUGCAGGUAAAAGUAAAAUUUAAAAUUUGUGAUCUUGACUGAGCAUGGAAAUAUUUCAUUCUAGAUGUAGAAAAGCAUGCUGUGGAACUCAUGAACAAGUACAGGAAACAUGCUACAAUUAAUGAUGCUAGAAAUAGAAAGUAAAAAGAAUUUAAUCUUGUCUUUCUAUUUUUCUUUUAAAAACAUACUAUUGAUAUUCUUUUUUAUAUUAUUGAUAUUUUUCAACAUGUUCCUUCCCCCCCUCCCAAAAUCAAUGUUCAUAACAACGAAUUUUUUUUUAAAGGAAAAAAAAAAGCCUUCCAAAACUGACCAUCCUAUCAAAAAAAGUCUGACAUUAUAUAUAUAGAAUUCUAGACCCACUGUCUUCCUCCUCAUUAAAAACUGCUUUUGGGUUAUAAUUAGAUAAUAUAAUUUGGCAACAGAGGCAGCAUUCAGUUUCAUUUUUUUAAUGUUCUUGUAACUUAAACUUUCCUCUUACCAAAAAAAAAAGGCAUUUUUAUACACAUGACAAAACAGAAGGAGACUGCUUUAUGAAAGGGUAACCUAAUUUCAUACCAUUUGCUAAAAUAGCUUCUAACAAGUUCUGUCCCAUACUUUAAAAUAUAUCCUAGUUCUCCUUUUCUUUGGAAUUUCUUUGUAAUCUCUUGUUAAUGCAUGAGGUAUUUGAAAAGUUACUCUAUUUAAAUGUUGGUAAACCAUUGGAUAGUUUUUUUUCUCUUAAGAAAAAAAGACACUACUCAGAUUUUUACUUUAUUUACUGUCACUUUUGAGCCCUGCUACACUUUUAUUCAAAUACAAACUUGUUGAUAUAAGCAACAUCCUUUGAAAUCUAAAAUAAAAAAGAUAGGGGAAAAAAACUCCUUUCAAAUCCUUGCCCCAUUCCCAUCAUUGAUCUCUAACUUGUAGUGCUCUCAUCAUCACCUCUUUUAUUCCUGUUCACAUAUUUCUUAAUGGAGCUAGACAAGAAUCAACACUGUGCUGACUGGGUCCACUACAAAUACAUGUUAUUGGUUCUUAACUGUGCUCUCUAUAGCAAGAUAAUCCUUUUACACUUCCCUACUUGAUGCACUGUCCCACUCACCACCAUGGUGUUUCCAAAUCUUUUCUUCCUUCCUCAGACCUCCAAUAGGAUCCAAUUCUCCCUUUUCUAGACUGAGAAUCUUGUCUCAUAUUUCUCCAAAAAAAAAAUUGAGGCUAUUCACUCAGAGCUCCUCCUUUCUGACUCACCUGACAUCACUCAGUUAUAUUCCCCUACCCUCUCCUCCUUCAUGCAUCUAGAAUAAAGGCUUAGAACCAAGACAAAUCCCUUUAUGUGUGUCCUUGAUCCCCUUGAUUCCCUUCUCAUCUUCCUCAGUAGAUUGCUUUUUGUAGUAUCUCCACUUUCUAAUCUUGAAUCUCUCCCAGUUUAAUUGGCCUUGCUGCCCACAAACAUGUCCAGGUCUCUUUUAUCCUUUUUUAUCCUACUAUUCCUGCUAGCUAUCUUCCUAUCUAUUUCUCUUUCCUUAUGGGCUAAGUUCCUUGAGAAAGCUAUCUACAGAGGCAGAGACAAUAGCAGAGUAGAGGCAGCAUUCAAAAUGAACUCUCCCAACAUUCCCCUCCAAAUUACUCUAAAAUAAUGUAUCAAAUCAAAUUCUAAAUGGCACAGCCAGCCAAAAGGUCAGUGCAGCCUAAGACAAAUAGAUUACAGGGAACUCCUGUGAAGGCAUUGGGUACAGAAUUAGGGGCUGUUUAGCAACCCCAUUGCCUAUUAUCUGAUUUUAGUUCAAAGUUCUGAGGGUGGACAGGAGAACUUUCAGUUGGAAGAGAGCAGGGGUCCUUGUUGCAAUUCCAGAGAAGAGAGGAGUGCUAAUACAAAUAAAUAAAAUGAUGAAAAAAGAAUUAACAGCUUGGUAAAAAUGCCACAAAAAAUAAUACUGAAGAAAAUACCUUAAAAAGCAGAACUAGCUAACUGGAAAAAGGCAGAAAAGCUCACUGAAGAAAAUAGUAACUUAAAAAUUAGAAUGGUAAAGUGGAAGCUAAUGACUCCACGAGACAUUAAAGAACAAACUAAAGCUAUCUACACUCAUUGCCUCCACUUCCUUUCCCCUUACUCCCUCUAUAAUCUUGAUUCCCAAUUCAUCAUUCAACUGAAAUUGUUCCCUACAAAGUUACCAAUGAUCUCUUUGUUGCCAAAUCUAAUGAUCUUUUAAAAAUCUUCAUCUUUUUUGACCUUUGUGAAUCCUUUGGCACUUUCAGUCAUCCCCCUUCUCCUGGAUACUCUCUCCCUUUUUGGUUUUUAUGACACUGCUUUCUUCUGGUUCCUCUUACCUGCCUGAACACUUCUCAGUUGCCUUUUCUGGAUCUUCAUCCAAGUAUCAGUCACAAAACCUGGAAGCUCCACAAGGAUGUGUUCUGGACCUCUUUUAUUCUCCGUUUAUACUUUCAUUGGCCAGGAUAGAGGAUGGGGGAGAUCUUUAUUGAUCAAAAAAAUGUAUUUUAUUUUUUACUCUUCCUCUGAAGUAUGCCUCUCCCCUACUUCACUUUAUUUUUCCCUGUUUCUUUGUCCCAUUCAAAUAAGAGUAAGGGUCACUGUCCUUUCCUCCCACUCCCUUUUUUAAUACUCUUUUCACAUACCCCAAUUAUGAGAAAUAAGUUCCACCCCUUCUUUCUACACUAAAGUAUUCUUUUUUUAUUCUCCCUUCUCUUAUUCCCUCAGAAUAAGACCAGUCUAAUCCCAGGUUCUUUUUUCUUAUCUAACUUCCUCAAUACUGUGAAGGCAUUAAGGUAUUCAAAGACACUUGGUAGUUCUAACAUUUUAAUAAGGGGAAGGGGGAAAAAAUCUUCAUAUAAUUCCUUGUAAUUGCUUAAAGAAAUUUACCUUUUUGGGUUUCUCUUGACUCUUGUGUUUACAUUUUUAAGUUGUCACUUCGACUCUGAUCUGUUCAUCAGAAAUGUUUGGAAGAAUUCUUUUCUAUUAAAGCUUUACUUUUCCCUCUAUUGGAUUAUACAAUUAUGCAGAAUAAGUUACUUUUGCUUGUAAAUUUAUAUCUUUUGCCUUUUGGAAUAUGUCUUUUCUUAUUUUUAGUAGAAGUUCCUGAGUCUUAUGUGAUCCUGACUAAUACUGGAUUUUUUUCUGUAUGCAAGUAGUAUUUUUCCUUUCAUGUGGAACUUUGGGAUUUUAUCUUUGAUAUUCCUGGGACUUUUCUUUUUUCUGUUUCCUUAAGGAGGAGACUGAUAUGUUCUUUCCAUAUUUCACUCUGUUCUCUGAUUAUAAUAGAUCUGGUCAGUGUUCAUUUAUGAUUUCUUGAAAUGAAAUAUUUAGGUUUCUUUUUUUAAUAAUGGUUUUGAUUUUCUUAUUUUUUUUCAGCCUAUUUUGCCCAAAUAUUUCUUGCUAUAGAUAUUAAUUUCUGUUUGUACUGUCUAUUACUUGAAUAAAGUUUAUCAUUUUUAUUUCCUAAGUUA